AUUGAAUCCUUCUUCACCAAGAAAACGCAUCAUAACACAGCACAUCACACUCCCAACAAAUCACAGCUCUUUUUAUAAAUUUUCUCAUAACUAAACUACCAUAAAAAAUAAUAAGACAGUUUUAAAUUUUUUUAAAUUUUUUUUAGUAUCAUGAACAAUCAAGAAUCAGCUAUAGUGCCGAUUCUAAGUUUAGACGGCGACAGUGGUUUAUUAGUGAUAUCGCCGCUGGGCCGCGGCGCCAAGGGCGUUGUGUUUCUGAUUAAAGAAGAGACCGGCGGCGAGUUGCUGGCGUUGAAGGUGAUUUUGAAGGAUGUUGUGGAGAAGAAGAAUAAAGAAUUAUGUAAUGGAAAUGAAUUUAAAAGAGUCUCGUUUGAAAGGCAAGUUUUGAGCCAUUUUGAUCAUCCUUUGUUGCCGAAAUUGCGCGGCGUUUUGGCUACUGAGAAGAUUAUUGGCUACGCUAUUGAUUUUUGCCCUGGCCGUGAUCUUAAUCAUUUGCGGAAGCAGCAGAGUGAACGGAUGUUUUCCGUUGAUAUUAUUCGGUUUUACGCGGCGGAAUUGAUUCUAGCAUUGGAAUAUCUUCACAAACAAGGCAUAGCAUAUAGAGAUUUAAAGCCGGAGAAUAUUUUAAUUCAAGAAACCGGUCAUAUAAUGCUGGUAGAUUUCGAUCUCUCUACAAGAAUCUCAUCAAUUUCCAAUCCGAAUUCUCAGAAUCAGACUCCGGUUAAUCACCGCCGUUCAUCUAGUAAAAAGCGAUUCUCACCGUUCCACCGCUGCUGCAACUCCGGUAUCUCACCGGAGGACUUAUCGGAACUCGGCCGUACUCCCGUCGUUUCUCAAGAAUCAACAGAGAAGUCCAACUCCUUCGUCGGAACGGAGGAGUACGUCGCGCCGGAGAUAAUCCAAGGCUACGGCCAUGACUUCGCCGUCGAUUGGUGGUCGUUAGGGGUUGUGUUAUACGAGAUGUUGUACGGUACGACGCCGUUCAAAGGCACGAAUAGAAAAGCAACGUUUUUCAAGAUAUUAACGGGAACGCCUGAUCUUGUGGGGGAAACGACGCCGUUGAGAGAUUUGAUUCGGAAUAUGUUAAUUAAAGAUCCUAAAGAAAGGAUCAAAGUGGAUGGAAUUAAAGCUCAUGAAUUUUUCAAAGGGGUAGAUUGGGAAAUGAUUCAAGAAAUGUCAAGGCCGCCGUACAUUCCGCCAUCAUAUGAGUUCGGGGGCAAAGAUGGAAUUAUGAAAAUUGAUGUAGAGACAUUCGUCCAAAAAAUAUUUAGUGGUGAGGGUGAAAAUGAAAAGAAAAAAGUUGAUCAUGGGCAUAAGAGUAAUUAUGAAAAUAAUAAUAAUAAUAAUAAACAGGAUGAUAAAGAAGAGAAGAAAUUUGGUGAUGAAGGGGUAUGGGUUCAAGGGCUCAAUAAUCAUCCUCAAGAAUCUGAUAAUUUUCUUGUUUUUUAAUUCUUUUUAAUCAAUUUUUUUGUUAGUUGGUAGAUAUUACUGUUUUUUUUUUUUGAAAUGGAUAGAUAUUACUGUUAGAAUAGUUAUGAUAUAUUCAUUUUGUAUAGAUGGGUGACAGAUGACUACUUUUUAUUUGAUAUAUUAAUAAAAUAAAAUAAAAACAUAUUGCAAA